AUGAGAUCACAACAUAGAAAAGCAACUUUAAACAUUCCAACUAUUUUAGACUUAUAGAAUCCUGAAUGGGAUGUAAUAUUAAAAUCUUGGGCUUACAUUAAUGUAAAGUAAUACAAUCUUAAUAUGUUUUUGAAAAUAGAACCUAUGAAUUAACUAUUAAUAAAGGGUCUAUUGUAAACAAAAAAAUUCUUUAUUUGAAUCAAAAAGAAGAAUCAAUUAAUUAUAAAGUAUGUUCCAGUAUGCCUAAUAUUAUUGAAGUGAAAACAGAAACUAUAAAUCUCUAAAAAGACUGUAAAUUUAAUAAUAUUUUUUUUAGAAAAAGAUUAUAUUAAAUUAUUAAUCAAGGCUCCAUUGACUCCUUGUAAAUUACAUGUCAAAAUAGCAUUAAUGGAUAUCAAAGGUGAUACUGUUUAUGAAGGAAUGGAAUUUGAUCUCAUAAUCUCAAAUAUAACUUCAAAAUGA